AUGAACAAGUUCUUAUUUGUUUGUUUGGCCGUCUUUAUGGCACUCCAAGCCGCCAACGCUGCCUUUACCGAAAAGCAAUACCGUGAUGCUUUCACCAACUGGAUGAUCAAGAACGAUCGUUCAUACCAAUCAGCUGAAUUUGGUAACCGUUUCAACGUCUUCAAGAAGAACAUGGACUAUGUUAACGAAUGGAACUCCAAGGGAUCUGAAACCGUCCUCGACCUCACCAUCUUUGCUGAUAUCUCCAACGAAGAGUACCAACGUAUCUACCUCGGUACCAAGAUCGAUGCCACCCAAAAGCUUAUCGAUGCCGCCAGAAUCACCAUGAACAACAACUUUGCUGCUGCCCCAGUUUUCAACGCUACCGUCGAUUGGAGACAAAAGGGUGCUGUCACCCCAAUCAAGAACCAAGGUCAAUGUGGUUCCUGUUGGUCUUUCUCUACUACUGGUUCAACUGAAGGUGCUCACUUCCUUUCAACUGGUAACCUCGUCUCUCUCUCUGAACAAAACUUGGUUGAUUGUUCAGGUCCAGAAGGCAAUGAUGGGUGCAAUGGUGGUCUUAUGGAUCAAGCCUUUACCUACAUUAUCAAGAACAAGGGUAUCGACACUGAAUCCUCAUACCCAUACAAGGCUGUCCAAGGCAAAUGUGCAUUCAACCCAAAGAACAUCGGUGCCACCCUCACUGGUUACACUGACGUCAAGUCUGGUUCUGAAUCCGAUCUCGAAGCCAAGGCCAACACUGGUCCAGUCUCUGUUGCCAUCGAUGCUUCCCACAACUCUUUCCAACUCUAUGGAUCUGGUGUCUACUAUGAACCAAAGUGCUCUGCCACUCAAUUGGAUCACGGUGUCCUCGUCGUAGGUUACGGUUCAUGCACUGGUGGUGCUAGCUGCAUGUUUGUUGCUCCAUCUUCAUCUGCCUCUGGUUCUGCCUCUGGCUCUGGUUCUGGUUCCGCCUCUGGUUCCGGAUCUGGCUCUGGUUCUGGUUCCGCCUCUGGUUCCGGAUCUGGUUCUGGUAACUCUACCUCAUCUGCCACCGGUUCUGGUUCAGGUUCCGCUUCUGGAUCUGCCACUGGCUCUGGUUCCGGAUCUGGUUCAUCCAACUCUGGUAACUCUACCUCAUCUGCCACUGGUUCCGGUUCCGGUUCUGGUUCUGGUUCUGGUUCAGGUUCCGCCUCUGGUUCCGGUUCUGGUUCAUCCAACUCUGGUAACUCUACUUCAUCUGCCACCGGAUCUGGUUCUGGAUCUGGUUCUGGAUCUGCCUCUGGAUCUGCCUCUGGUUCUGGCUCUGCUUCUGGAUCUGCCUCUGGUUCAUCCAACUCUGGAUCUGCCUCUGGUUCAUCUGCCUCUGGAUCUGCUUCAUCCAACUCUGAUUCCUCCGCCUCUGAAUCAUCUGACUCUUCCAACUCUGCCUCUGGUUCAUCAUCUGACAAUGGUCAAAUCAACUACUGGAUCGUUAAGAACAGUUGGGGAACUACCUGGGGCAACUUGAAUGGUUACAUUUACAUGUCCAAGAACAGAAACAACAACUGUGGUAUCGCCACCUCUGCUUCUAUCCCACAAGCUUAA